UGCACGUCUAUUUUUUUUCUCCAUCUCUGAAUCAUGGCGCCGGCUCAAAAGACGUUCCUCAUCACCGGAGCCGGGCGGGGCAUCGGCCGGGGCCUGUCCCGGAUUCUCCUCCAAACCGGUCACCGCGUGUUUCUGCUGGACAGCAACAAGACCGAGCUGGACCACACCGCCGGGCUACUAGCACAAUCACACCAGCGCGGAAAGGAUUUCGACACGGCGCUGUGCGACCUCCGCCAGCCGCGGCAGAUCUUUGCGGCGGUGCAGCAGGCCGACAAGCUGUUUGCGAGCAGGCUGGACUGCCUGGUCAACAACGCGGCGUACACGGGCGGCGUGGGCGGCACGAGCCUGGCGGAGAUGACGCUGGACGAAUGGAACCGGAGCAUCGAGACGAACCUCACGGCGCCGAUGCUCAUGACGCAGGCGUGUCUGGGGAUGCUGCGCGCGGCAAGGGGCUGCGUGGUGCACGUUUCGUCGACGCGGGCCGUCAUGAGCGAGCCGAACAAUGAGGCCUACUCGACGACGAAAGCCGGGUUGCUGGGCAUGGCGCAGAGCAUGGCGGUGUCGCUGGCGAGGGACGGCGUGCGCGUGAGCAGCGUGCUGCCGGGCUGGAUUCACGUUGGGGACGAGUGUAAGGAUGCGGACGACAAGGGAACAAGGUGGGAGGAUGGGCUGGGCGAGGCGGAUAUGCGGUGGCAGCUGACGGGGAGGGUUGGCAAGGUGGAGGAUGUUGCGAGGGCGGUGGUUUACUUGGUGGAGAGCGAGGGCGUGACGGGGGUUGAGAUGGUGGUGGAUGGGGGAGUGACGCGGAAGAUGGUGUAUCCUGAGUGAAGGCUUUUGGUAUUGAAGAUACGAAGAUGGUACGUAUUUGAGAGGUUCGACCGAGGCACGCGUGUAAAUGGCGUGCAGUUGUGCAUUGUCACGAGGGGGCGGAGAAGAGUCUCUGCUAGAUUGAUCCUACGACGGCGUUUAUGUGCAAUGAUGCACUAAUUUUUUUUUUUUUCCCCUUGCAUUGAGAUUCGAGUAGUUGUGUUGGCAUCAUGGUUUUGCCUGGUGUGGUUGCACGG